AUGGCCAACCCUAGAGUCGAAGAACUUCCUGACGAGGACGUCACCAAGGCUGGCGUUGAAGACGCUGGCAGCAGCUCCGAGUCUGAAGCCGGUGAAGAGACCACCAUCCCCGGCGGUGCUGCCGUCACCAUCCACUCUCGCAACGAGAAGAAGGCUCGCAAGGCCAUCGCUAAGCUCGGCCUCAAGCACGUCCCUGGCAUCACCCGUGUCACUCUUCGCCGCCCCAAGAACAUCCUUUUCGUCGUCAGCCAACCUGAUGUCUACCGCUCUCCUUCCUCCAACACCUGGAUUAUCUUCGGAGAGGCCAAGAUCGAAGACUUGAACGCCCAGUCCCAGAUCAACGCUGCCCAGCAACUGGCUGCCGCCGAGGGCGCCAACGCUGACCACGCCGGCCACGACCACUCCCACGAGGGCAAGGGCAAGGCUCCCGAGACCGAGGCCAAGAAGGAGGAAGAGGAAGACGACGGCGAGGAAGUCGAUGACUCUGGUCUGGAGGCCAAGGACAUUGAGCUCGUCAUGGCUCAGGCCAGUGUGUCCCGAAAGAAGGCCGUCAAGGCUCUGAAAGAGAACGACAACGACAUUGUCAACUCCAUCAUGGCGCUCAGCAUAUGA